AUGGCACUGAGGCAGUGGGCUGGGAGGACUAGGGGGACCCCAAGAAGCUGGGGAACCAUUUGUUUGGUGAUUUCACUACUCUUGCAACUGCAAGGAGCUCACAGCAAGUGCUACUUCCAAGCUCAAGCUCCCUGUCACUAUGAGGGGAAGCAUUUUACCCUGGGUGAAUCCUGGCUCCGAAGCGACUGUUUCCACUGCACCUGCCUACACCCCGUCGGUGUGGGCUGCUGCGAUAUGUCCCAGCAUCCCAUCGACUUCCCAGCUGGGUGUGAGGUACGACGGGAGGAAGGGACCUGCCACAUCUCCCUGGUGCAAAAAUCUGACCCUCACCUACCCUGCAGGGGAGCCCCUGACCCUGAAUGGGGCUCAGCCAAUACCCCUGACUCUGGGGCCCCAGGACCACGUCCCAGUUAGGUUCCACUGACCAUUCCACUUGCUGCCUGCCUGCCCACUGCGGCUGCUGCCA